AACCCAAGGCCUAUAUCGCUUGGAUUCAACCCCAGGCCCAUAUCACAUGGAUUCAACCCCAGGCCUACAUCACUUGGAUUCAACCCCAGGCCUAUAUCACUUGGAUUCAUCCCAAGACCUAUAUCGCUUGGAUUCAACCCAAGGCCUAUAUCGCUUGGAUUUAACCCAAGGCCUAUAUCGCUUGGAUUCAACCCAAGGCCUAUAUCACUUGGAUUCAACCCAAGGCCUAUAUCACUUGGAUUCAACCCAAGGCCUAUAUCCCUUGGAUUCAACCCAAGGCCUAUAUCACUUGGAUUCAUCCCAAGACCUAUAUCGCUUGGAUUCAACCCAAGGCCUAUAUCGCUUGGAUUUAACCCAAGGCCUAUAUCGCUUGGAUUCAACCCCAGGCCCAUAUCACAUGGAUUCAACCCCAGGCCUACAUCACUUGGAGUCAACCCCAGGCCUAUAUCACUUGGAUUCAUCCCAAGACCUAUAUCGCUUGGAUUCAACCCAAGGCCUAUAUCGCUUGGAUUUAACCCAAGGCCUAUAUCGCUUGGAUUCAACCCAAGGCCUAUAUCGCUUGGAUUCAACCCAAGGCCUAUAUCCCUUGGAUUCAACCCAAGGCCUAUAUCCCUUGGAUUCAACCCAAGGCCUAUAUCCCUUGGAUUCAACCCAAGGCCUAUAUCCCUUGGAUUCAACCCAAGGCCUAUAUCACUUGGAUUCAACCCAAGGCCUAUAUCCCUUCUUUCCAAUGAGAUGGUAAAUCGAUCUAAGAGAUGGGGAAUUUUCUCAAUGAACACUGCAUGGCGUUGUUUGGGUUAA